AACUAUUCAUAACAUAACCUCUCACUCAGAGUCUUACUACACAGUACACUUUAGUUUGUGUUCGUCUGCUGUUAGUAGUAAUAGUGGUUACAACAGGGGUUUCAGUAUUGAACUGUUCUUCCCAUCUAGUUGUAAACAAAACAUAGAGUUAAGUAAUAAUAUUGAAACAUUAUUAAAACUAUCUUAAAUAAGAUAGAAAUGGCAUCGAAUUUUGUGAAAGAUAAUAAAGGUGAUAGGCUGACUGAUCAACUUCCACAUUACAUAAAAGAGGAAUCAAUUGGGUUUAGAAAGAAAAGCAAAGAAGGCUCUGACAUUAUAACUGAUAUUAUGGAAAAGUACUGUGCACCUGAACGUCAUACUGACCUGAAGAAAUCUCUCCAUAAGUCUAUGAUCUUGGGUAAACACAAGGUGAAGCCUGAUCUGAACAUUGUUCCAAGAGCCAAGAAAUCACAUUUAAGUUUGCAUGAGAAAAGAAUCUUGGGCUUGUACAAACUUCCAAGAAAAGGACUGAAGUACCAGGAGUUUCUGGAGUUGCACAAUCUCUGGAGACAGUACAUGCUGGACAGCCUGGACCUCUCCCAAGUCCCCAACAAGAAAGGAGAAGUGGAGAUGGAGAACAGUCAGAGGGAGACAAUAUGCAGGCAACUGUGCAAGAUGGAUUACCAUGGGGCCAUGCUGACUGUUGUGCGGUCCAAGUGUCCUUCUCAUAUCGGGGCACAAGGCAUCGUCGUGAUGGACACCAAGAACACCUUUAAGCUGCUUGGUCAGGAUAAUAUCGUUCGAACCAUCCCAAAAGAUACAAGUGUGUUCCAGAUCCAAGUGGACAGGUUCCAGCUGACUAUGUUUGGCAAGUACCUGUGUGGCAAGCCUGCUGAACGGACCACAAAAAAAUUUCGUAAACAUUUAGUGCCAGAUCUGUAAAUUUGUACUUUAUUAAAUUUUAAAUAAAUUGUUGUUAGACAUUUUUAAAUUA